AUGAGCAGUGCUGGCAGCGAUAACGAAUCAACAACAUUGAAUCCGACUAUCGGUUCCACUCGACGUCGGAAAGGCGGUGUCCUAGAUACCAGAAGAGCCGAACAAAACCGUGCAGCACAACGAGCCUUUCGUCAACGCAAGGAGCGUUAUGUAAAGGAAUUGGAGAACAAGGUCCGUGAUUUACAACUUGUUCAAGAAAGAGCCAACAAGCUUGAAGAAGAAAAUGAACGUCUAAGGCAACGUGUUUGGGAAUUGGAAAAGCAACAACACCAUCAUCAUCAACAUCAACAACAGCAGGGAUUGAUGCAUCAUCCUCAUCAUCCUCAUCCUUCACCACCACAACCAUCACUUGCACCACCACCACCUACCACAACGCCAACAAAGACUACACAUCCACAUCCAAUGCAAACAACACAUCCAUCUCCACCAUUGUCAUCUGCACCUCCUCCACAAUCAACAACAUCUUCACAAACACCUUCUCCACCACCUCCACCUGUGAUGCGACAUUCACCUAUACCAGCUCGUACAUUGCCCCCACCAUCUAGCUUUACCAGCAGAGAAGAACAAUCACCUAUUCGACGUGUCGAUCGGGUUGUUGGUCAUUCUGAUCAUUAUCAUCAUCAUCACCAUCAACCACCACCACCUGCAGUGGGUAUGGAAAAAGGUCGUGUUUUGGAUGACCUAAUCACUAUUCUACGCACUCACCAUCGGCCACCUAUUCCUGCUCGUCUAAGCGAUCCACCUAUCGAAUCGUAG